AUGUCGUCGUCCUUCCCUGCUUCAUCUGCCUCGUCAUCAGCUCUCACAACCACUUCAGCCGCUCCAGUACUACCUGAACGCCCAUCUACACUCAACUCGACAGCCGCAGGUACGGGCACAUAUGGCGCAUCUUCAUACAACUCUCCCUAUCGCAGCACCGUCGGUGGACUCGGAUCCACGUAUGGCGGCAUCGGCUCAACCUAUGGUACCUCGUACGGUUCCCCAUACUCUAGAUAUGGCGGAAUGAGCGGUAUGGGAGGCAUGGGUUAUGGCGGAUACGGUGGCUACGGCAGUUACGGUGGAUAUGGAGGCUAUGGAGGAUACGGCGGCUACGGUAUGGGCAUGGGUAUGGGCAUGGGUGGUAUGCCAGGAAUGCCAGGUCAACCAGGCGACGUCUCGUUGACGCAACGCAUGGAAGCCGGUACGCAAGCGACCUUUGAGCUCAUCAGCAGCAUCGUCGGUGCAUUUGGAGGAUUUGCGCAGAUGCUCGAGAGCACCUUCAUGGCGACGCACAGCAGCUUCUUUGCUAUGGUUGGAGUCGCCGAUCAGUUCGCCCACCUGCGCAACUACCUCGGUCAAGUGCUGAGCAUCUUUGCACUUGCCCGUUACCUCAAGAAUCUGGGCUUGCGCCUGGUGGGCAAGGCGCCUGCCGUCGAGCUGGACGCACGCGAGUUCAAAGAGUUUGCCGCUCAUGGCGGUAGCGGUCAGCCAGGCAAGGCCAGCGCCGCUCGUCCAAGCAAGCGUCCGCUCAUCGUGUUUUUCAUGGCGGUCAUCGGACUGCCAUAUCUCAUGGGCAAGCUUGUUCGCUUUAUCACAGCCAAGCAGGAGGCCGAACGACAGCGGCUCGAACAGCAAGGUCAGAAUUCAGGUCAAGCCGGCAUGCUACCCGGUCAGCUAGGUGGCGGUAUGAUGUCGACCGGUGGAGAGGCCAACGGAGAAACGAUCGAUCCGAGCAAGCUCACAUUUGUGCGUGCGUUGUACGCCUACCCCGCUGCCGAUCCGUUGGAGCUGAGCUUGCAGCCCAAUGAUAUCGUUGCGGUGCUGAGCAAGCACGAUCCACAGACAGGUGCAGAGAGUGCUUGGUGGAGAGGCCGAACGAGAGAUGGUAGGAUUGGCUGGUUUCCCAGUACCUACGUUGAGUCGCUCGAGUCGGCGAAAGAGCGAGCGGCAAAGGCGUCCGCAACUGGCGCCGGCAAAGCUGCCGAAGCUUCGGACAAGGCGACGACAACUAAGCUGGCUGCUGCUACUUUCAAGGUGACAUGA